GAGAGGACCACACUUGCACCAGUAGCCAACAUGAGCACAUUGUCGCAGCCUGUUCUCCACACUGACAGCAGGAGAGAGCUGUGAGGCAGAAGAGGGACACAAGGAAGGCAGAAGAGUUCAACUGAGGAUUUCUCCUUUAUCAUUUACUCCUUCUCUUCAGGGUUUUGGGUUCUACUAGAGGAUUCUGUGCUGAAUCGGAACCUGCCAUGGCUGCCCCUGUGGGACGAGGGAGCACUGUCCCACUCUCAUCUUGCACCAGACACAGCUGGACUAUCAUUCUGUGCACACUGCUGACUCUUUUCAACCAGGUCUGCUGCUUCAACCUGGAUACUACUCACACACUGCACAAACUGGGGGAUCCAGGCACCUUUUUUGGGUUCUCUCUGGCUCUUCAUCAGCAGCUAACGCCGGAGUCACAGAGUUGGAUCCUGGUGGGAGCGCCGCAGGCGGCAGGGCGAGGGUUGCUGCGGGGGACCAGGCCAGGAGCCUUGUUCAAGUGUCCGAUCACGCCUGAGGAGUACGACUGCGAGCGAGUGGACAUUGAUGGAGAUGUGAACCUGAGGAGGGAGAGCAAAGACAACCAGUGGCUGGGGGUCACGGUCAAGAGCCAGGGCAUCGGUGGAAAGGUGGUGACCUGCGCUCACCUGUACGAGCUAAGGCAGCGCGUGAAUCACGCCUCAGAGACCCGAGACCCCAUCGGCCGGUGUUACGUCCUGAGCGAAGACCUGACGGAGCGAGACGACCUUGAUGGGGGAGAGUGGAAGUUUUGCGAGGGGCGACCGCAGGGACAUGAGCAGUUUGGCUUCUGUCAACAGGGUCUCUCAGUCAGCUUCACCCCGGACAACAACUUCAUUCUGUUUGGGGCUCCAGGAACAUACAACUGGAAGGGUGAAAUGCGCGUUCAGCUUCUGAACCAGACCCUCCUCAACCUGGGUUUCUAUGACGACGGGCCCUACGAGGUGGCAGAUCAGAAACAGCUGAAUGCCAAGCUGAUCCCUUUGCCCUACCACAGUUACCUGGGGCUCUUGUUCAUGGCUAGCCCCGUUGAGGACGCACUGCUGUACAAAACUCUGGAGCCCUCCAGUCGGCCCUCACCCUUUGAGGACGUAGCUCAUAAUAGCUACUUAGGGUUCUCUGUGGACUCUGCCAUGGGGAUAAUGAGCCUGGGAGAGUUGACCUUUCUGGCAGGAGCGCCUCGAGCCAACCACACGGGCGCCGUGGUGCUGCUGCGGAAGGAUAACGUGUACCGCCUGGUGCCGCAGCACAUCAUCUGGGGGGAAGAGCUGGCAUCUUCAUUCGGAUACUCAGUGGCAACCACGGACCUCAACAAAGACGGCUGGACUGACCUCAUCAUUGGAGCGCCAAACUUCUUUGACCGCAAGGCAGAGAUCGGCGGCGCUGUGUACAUUUACCUGAACCCGUUUGGACAUUGGGACGAUCAGGCUCGGCCCAUUCGGCUCAACGGUACCUACGACUCCAUGUUUGGAAUGACAGUCAGCAACGUUGGAGAUCUGGACCAAGAUGGAUAUGGAGAUAUUGCUGUCGGGGCUCCGUUUGAUGGAGAUGGGAAGGUUUUCAUCUACAGAGGCUCUGAGUCUGGAAUCGAGACAAAACCAGCUCAGGUGCUGGACGGCCGCGACUUUGACGUGAGGCGCUUUGGGUACUCCAUUUCAGGAGGUUUGGAUAUAGAUGAAAACCAGUACCCAGAUAUUGCUGUGGGCUCACUCAACAAUUCAGUGGUUCUAUUCAGGUCUCGGCCAGUGAUCAACAUCCGCAGAGAAAUAUCGAUUGGCCCGCAGUACAUUGAUCUGGAGCAGCACAACUGCAAAGGAAGAGAUGGGGUUUGUGUGGAGGUCAAGGCCUGCUUCCUCUUCACAGCCCACCCAGAACACUACUCUCCACACAUCACUCUCGUGGUCCACUUUGAAGCUGACACUGAGCGGAGGAAGCUGGGUCUUCCUCAUCGGGUCAACUUCCUCGGUCGCAGCUCUCUGGAGCCGGAGUACACUCAGACGGAGGAAGUGGAGCUUCACAACCAGCGAGUCCCCGGAUGCACCACUGCAGUGUUCCAGCUCCAUGAGAACAUUCGGGACAAACUUCGGCCCAUCACUUUAGCGAUCACACACACCAUCAAGCCGGUACCGCCUCGCCGUCACUCCAGGGUCAAACGCCUGGAGAAACUUCCUCCUGUGCUGAACAUGUCUGUCUCCAACACACAGCACUCCGAGGUGAACUUCCUGCGAGAGGGAUGCGGUGUUGACAAGAGCUGUCAGAGCAACCUGAAGCUGAGCUACCGCUUUGGAACACGGCCUCUGACCUCUGACCUCUUCACCCCGCUGCCAAAAGAUGAGGACAACGUUCAGGUCUUCUCCCUCAAAGACCAGCGGGUGGUGGUCCUGGAGAUCACCGUCACCAACCUGCCCUCUGACCCCGAGAGGCCGGACGAGGACGGAGACGACGCCCAUGCAGCUCAGCUGCUCAUUUCUCUUCCACAAACUCUUUCAUAUGCCGGAUCCAGAAUCCCUCCUCAGAUGAGGUGUCAAGCAAACCAGAACGGCUCAGAGGUGGAAUGUGAUUUAGGCAACCCCAUGAAGAGAGACUCCAAGCUGACGUUCUCCAUUAACCUGAGCACGACCAACAUCACUAUCGAGACAACUGAAUUAACAGCCGAUCUUCUUCUGACCACCAUCAGUGAGCAGUCCGACCUGCUCCCGGUCACAGCCUAUGCUAAAGUGGUGAUUGAGCUCCCCCUGUCGGUCAGUGGACUGGCCAACCCUCACCAGUUGUUCUUCAGCGGGGAGGUGAGGGGUGAAAGUGCCAUGACCAGCCUGGAGGACGUCGGCAGCCCUGUGAACUUCGAGUUUGUGGUGUCUAACCCGGGUCAAGCCCUCCAGACGCUUGGGUCCGCCUUCCUUAACAUCAUGUGGCCACACGAGUUAGAGAAUGGAAAGUGGCUCCUGUAUCCUGCCAGUCUGAGCUUCCAGGGUCAAACUGGCACUCAGUGUUUUCCCUCCGGAGCUCUGAAUCCACUCAAGCUGCCGGACUCUUCGCUCCCGGCCCCACCAACGUCAGUCCAGGAGGGACGAACACGGCGCUCGCACCCUGAUGACGAAGGUCAGGUGACAAGCAGAGACAGUGAUGGACGCACGACUCCAGCGGUGGCGGCGUCCGAGCGGAGGAAGUCGCUCAAGCUGGACUGUCUCCUGGGAUCGGCACGCUGUGUCCUCUUCCAGUGUCCACUCCACAGCUUCUCUGGUCAGGCUGUCCUCAAGAUCCACGCCAGACUAUGGAACAGCACCUUCAUUGAGGAGUUUCCAGCUGUCAGCGCACUGGAGCUGUUGGUCCGAGCAAACAUCACUGUCAAGUCCAGCAUCAAACAUUUGGUCCUGAAAGACGCCGCUGCUCAGGUUCCAGUGAUGAUCUAUCCGGAGCCGGGUCUGGUCGACCAGUACUACAUCCCCUGGUGGAUCAUCCUCAUCGCCAUCCUGGCUGGAAUCCUUCUGCUGACCCUCCUGGUCUUCCUCCUGUGGAAGUGUGGCUUCUUCCGUCGCGCUCACAUUAAAGACAAGCUGCCCCAGUACCACGCGGUGAAGAUCCCGCGUGAGCACCGCCCCCAGUUCCACACGGAGAAGUCCGGCGUGGUGCACAAGAAAGAGUGGGCCACACACUGGAGCGACGGGACCUCGUAAUGCCAUUCUGUCUCCUCGUGAACUGGAACACACUAAACUCUCUCGCGCGCACACGUCUGUGUCCGCACCGGCCAGCAGGGGGCGCCAGACUCUCCAACACUGCAGCCUGCUGACGGCUUGGGGGAAACUUGUUGAACAAUAUCGCUGCUUGAUGUGAAAUGAUGUGUCGCGGGCGGAUGUCAGCGGGUCCGACUGAGCGACGACAUGCAUGAGCGCACAAUCACGCCGACAUACACUGUAUGACCAAAAGUGUUUGCUCGCCUGCCUUGACUCACACAUGAACUUAAGCAGUGAAGCACCACUGCUUUACACCACGGCACUUUGCAUUGCACUUGGUGAUGUUUGGCUUGGAUGAAGCUCUCUGUGGCUCAUCUGAGGGCCACAUGAAGUCUGGAGCUCUGUAGCAAUUGACUGUGCAGAAAGUCAGCCACCUCUGCACGAUGGGCCUCAGCAUCCGCUGACCCCUCUUCGACCACUAUGUGGCUGAGUUGCGGUUCUUCCCAAACUCUUCCAUGUUCUUUAUAAUAAAGCUGACAGAUGACUGUGGAAUAUUGAGGAGCGAGGAAAUGUUACAACCGCAUUUCUCCUGACUCUGAUCAUUUGGAUGAGUGAGCAGAUACUUUUGGUCAUACAGUGUAGCUGAACACCGGACGUCGCUGGAGACGCGGCGGCCUGCAGGAGACAAGGCAACUUCUACAAGACGGACAACACUUUUUAUAUCCACAACUGAUAUUUUGGGGUUUUAAUAUAGCUAGCUAGCAAUGAUGAGGAACGACUACGUGAGAAAAUACACAGGAAUGUGUCGCUUUGUGGCUGAAACGGAUGUGUUUUUGUAUAUUAUGGGAAGAUAUUUUCAUGACCUUUAAGUCAAAUGUUCUGUUCCAGAAUACUUGAUUGUAAAAGAAAAAGAAACGCCGUGACUGCAGGACUGUUCUAGCAUGGAAACCAAAUUAAGUAAACAUUCAGAGGAAAUAUGAGCAAGUCAGCAUGCAAAUUAUAUUCACUUGAAAAAAUUUAAUUUGUUGGGGGAAAAAAACAAACUUUUCUUCCCUGUAUUGUUUGUUUAACUAAUUAUAUUUAGACAUUAAAUGAUAAAUGAUUAACAUUUUUUUAAUGAUUUAAAAAAUAUUUUUUGAGAAAUAAUAGCUUUCUUAUUGAAUUAAUAUUUGGAUUGUUAUUUGAUUAUUUUUGUCAUUCAAGUGAAUGUAAUUUGCUGGAUAAUUUCAACAAUCUGACAUGUUUUGAUUCCCAGCAGUACUUCUACCACCAAGCGUUUUAGUUUUUGAUUUUAGUAUUUUUUUAGUUUUUGUACAUUCAUCGAGGCUGUUGUUAGAAAUUGUUUUAGCGACUUAAAAAGUGCCUUAAAGCAUUUGAGAGUAGAGGAGCGGAAGCUACUGACGAACAACUUGAGGCAACUUAUUGAAUCCUGCUGGGAGGAACACUGAAGCAACUAAUGUUUAAAAACAUGAAAUAUUGGGGUCAAUGACGCACGAAGAGUCAACGUUUUACUAAAGUUAUUGCUGGACAAUCUUGUAUUAGCUGCAUGGCGGUUUCGUUCCCCGGUUUUCAUUGACUCAGUGUUUUAUUUAUUUGUCUUUGUUGCGUUGCACUGUUUUAACAUUGUAAAUAAAAGGAGGAAACACUCGUCUCUGAUGACCGGGUGU